AUGGAUGAGUGUGAGGCCUAUAUUCAUCCUCGAGUCCAGGUCAUUCUCACCUGCGAAGGCAAUGGAGAAUACACAGCCAGCAUUAAAUCAUAUCUUUCUGUGGUGGAAAAUCUUGGCUGUAGAAUGGCGGCCAGUCGUGCUGGUGCAGUGCUGGGGUUGAUAGCCCUUAUAGCAAUGUUAAUGGGCCAAUCUAGUGAAGCACUGGUUUUUGCAUUUUCUAAUCACGCGCAAGGAACCACCGGCGGCAACAGAUUCGACCAAGAAAUUGGGCAAAAUAGGAAAAAUAUAGAGAGAGUUACUCUGAUCGUAGAAAGCAUAAACAACCCGGGCAUCGCUGCAUAUACGAGAGAAAACGAAAUUCACCUGACUGCACAUUAUGUGGGCAAAUUCCAAAGGGACGCAAAGGCACAGAUUCGAGGAGUUUUGUACCACGGAAUGACACACGUGUGGCAGUGGAACGGGCAGGGAAAAGCCCCCGGUGGGCUCAUUGAAGGUAUUGCAGACUAUAUGCGCCUCAGUGCAGGUUCCUGUUAG